AUCAACGCUCCAAUUUAGUUGCGUUUCUGCCGAAAGGACAUUUGCGUAGGUGACCUUGUGGCGCAGUUUGUGACAUGUGACCCAGUCUAGCCUGACUCGUUUUUUGUCCGAUGUUUUUUAUUCUGAACAUUGAUUGCAGCUGAUCCCAUUCAUGGCUUCGUCUGACCAGUCCCAGCAGACGUCUAUUCACGUUCUCGCUCCCCCUAUCAGAUCUUUGAAGCAACAAUCCAAGUUUCUGAACAAAUUGUACCUCUAUUUCCAGAAGACUAGCGCGAGUAGCAAUGAUAUAAAGAAUGUAUCUAUGCUGUCAUCUGACGAGGAAGCCCUGCGGGUGAAAGUUAAUUUCACUAAGCCAUCAGACGUUAAACACAUAUUGUCUCGUACACACCACAAGCUGGUUUGCAAUGGAAAAACCAUACCUCUUCAUGUCGAGCCAUUUCGUCCAACUAAAACUCCAGUUUCGACUGCACCACCUGUCAAAUCGGAUUCUGUUGUCAAGGUUCAAAGUUUGGACAGUUUAAAGAUACAUGACAGUGAUUCUGACGCAAGCAAAGGCAGCACGGGUCAUACCAAUGGUCAAUCUCUGGCAGCCGGGUGUGGGGAGAACCCACUAAGCAAGCCAACUUCCAGAAUGACGCAGGUUAGCUGUAAUGAAGGAGUGCUGCAAACAUCCGGUCUCUACACCCCAGUAUGCUUCGAAAAGAUUGCGACCCCUGCUUGUUUAGCACUCUCGGAUACCUCUCCAUCUGCGAGUUCUGUCACUACACCGUCGCCUGUGACUCAGUUGACAGUUCAUACGUCUACAGUGUCUCAACUAACGUCACCUCUCCCUGCCGUGCCUCCAGAUAUAUCUCCUGCAGGGCCGCCUUCUGCAACUGUUGCACCUCCGACUACGGUCAAUGUAACUGCCCCUUCGUCUACGCCACCUCUGGCAAUGCGGACACCUAUUACGUCUCAAGUCACAUCUACUCUGCCAGCCGUGUCUUCAAAUGCAUAUCCCGCAGCACCUCCUGCGACUGUGGCGCCUCCAAAUACGGUCUCAAUAAUUGCCCCUCAGUCUACAACAUCUGUGAAAGAGUGUGCACCUAUCAUAUCUCAAGUCACACCACCUGUAUCCUCUGCAUUGCCUUCCCCUACGUUUAUUGCACCUCAGACUAUGUCCUCCGAGCUCGCAUCUCCGUCAAACAGGACGGGACCUCUAACAGCGAGUGCGCCUAUGGCUCAGCUAGCAUCACAGUCGACUACCAUGCCUGGAAAUCCAUCGCCUGUACAAGAAGUGCCCUCUUCUACCGCUGUGCAUUCAACUGGAGCGUCUCCAAUUGCACCUCACUCCACAACGCCCUUCCCAAUGCAUACAUCUAUAGUGUCUCAAUUAACAUCAUUUCUCCCUGCUGCGCCUCCAGAUGCAUCACCGACAUUGUCUCCUUCUACACCUGCUGCACCUCCAUCCUUCGUCUCUGUGAUUGCUCCGCCGUGCUUCGCUCCUGUCACCACUGUGCCCUCAAAUUCAUCUGUUGUGUUACAUCCCUCUUCGCCUAUUGCACCUCCAACGGUGGCCUCCUUAAUUGCGCCUGCCCCUACAAGUCCUCUGACAGUGAGUGCACCUAUGAUGCUCGAACCAGCAUUACCUCUUCUUACCACGCCUCAAAAUCCACCGCCUGCAGUGCAUUCCCCCAUGCCUAUUGCGCCUCCAUUUACGGCCUCUCGUAUUCCUCCGUUCAUCCCACCUCUGGAAGUGUCUGCACGCAUGGCGUCUGAACCAGUUUCGCCCUCCACUUCCUUGCCUCUGCAUGAAUCUCCUGCAGUAUCUUCACCCACACCUGUUGCCCCUCCACAUGUACCCGCUCUCGUGAACUCUCCAAAUGUAGAUCCCACGAUGCAUCCAAGUUCAAUCGAUGGAACCACUACAGUGGCUGGGUCAAGUGUGCAGGAUUUCCAGACCGAAAUGCUUGACAUGUUGACCUCCGUUCUCCAAAACACCCCAAGUCGUGAUGUGUGUGUGGAAAGCAGUGACAUGGCAGCUAACCUAGAAAAUCGAAUAUCUACCCAAAGUGUCCCCUACAACAGAGGUGGGUGGUCCAUGGGACAUUUUGGCUAUCCACCACCUUAUCAGCAUCCGUCAGAAAUGACCUAUACUGUGAAUAUCACGAAGGAGGUGGCUCGUGUGGAGACCGGAAUUUGGGGUAACCCAUAUUCUCCACCUGUAUCCUAUAUUCCACCAGGCUCCCCAUUCCCAGGCCUUGGCUUAGAGGCGGCUGUUGGAAGUUUCAUAGACCCUCACCAAUUUUACCAAGAUGGUAUGCAGCCCUUUAAUGAAACCGGACAACCCUUAGAGGCGGCUGUUGGAAGUUUCAUAGACCCUCACCAAUUUUACCAAGAUGGUAUGCAGCCCUUUAAUGAAACCGGACAACCCCUGGGAGCGCCGGCGCAUCAUUUCGGGUACAGAAUGCCAGCUUGGGACCCACAUACCCCUGCCUUAAUGCCUGCAAAUGAAAACUUUCCGGAGCACGCGCCUCAGAUGGUGUCAACCGACGGGUUUCGAGAUUUUACGACUCAUGCAACUCCUGCAUACGAAAAUAACACCGUGCUUCAGGCAGAGGGUGAAAAGCAACAGGAUGACCACGCUGAAUUGGAAGAGGAAGAGGUGGAAAAGUUGGUCGAAGUGACGGAUUUCAAACCCACGACCUCGGAGGAAAUGCUGCGGUUGUAUUUUGAGAAUCCUCGUAAGUCCAGAGGAGGAGACAUUGAAGCCUGGGAGAAGGACAUCAAAUCCGGAGCCAUCCGAAUCAAGUACAGUGAUCCAUCAGUUGCAAAAGCAGUGACAGAGAGAGCUCACAAAGUCGAACGCUGCAAUCUGUCAGUGAGGCUGAUUGUGAAGAAGAAACCUCGCCCCCGUCCAGUCAAGAAGCGAUGCCUGUUUCUGAGCGGUAUCCCAGACGAAUGCAGUUUGGAACAUCUGUCGCUUUACCUUGAGAACUGCUCUGGUAUGGAUGAACCUAGAAUUCAGUACGGUGAGAUGCCCGGCACAGCGCUGUGUACAUUUCCACAGGACAUUCCAGACUUCCAAAAGGUCAUAAAGAAAAUUUCUUCGAAGAAGCUGCAGAAAGCCCAAGUGACGGCAGAGGUGGUGCUCGAGUCUGAUUGUAUCCUUGUGCAAGGAUUGACGAAAGAAGUGUCUUUGGAAUUAAUCGAGUUAUAUUUUGACAACAAGAAAAGCGGCGGCGGUGGCGUAAAAAAAGUGCUACAAGUAAACGCAAAAGACAAGGCCAUUGUCUACUUUGAAGACUGGAACGUUGUGGGUGAGGUAUUGUCAAGGAAAGAACCUCACAAGGUGAGCAACACUCUACUGACAGUUGAAGAAUACCAUGACUGCUUGGGGAGACUUACUUCAUUAGAUGCCCCAACUCCACACAUUCCGAAGCCGAUCUCUGUGAUGGUACCAAUAAACAUCAUGGAAUUCAUCUACAGAAAGGGCCAAGAAACAAAGAAGAAGUUGGUUGAGGAGUUGAGGAAGGUGAAUGCCAGUCUUACCUGGCCUGAUGGUGACAAGAAGAUGGCUGCUAGACUGGAGCCCCUGGUUGGAGACGGGCAGCCUCCGUCAGUCUGGAUCAACUGGUCUCAAUUAUGUAGGGAAGCUUUGGCUAGCUUCUUGGAUGGAUGCAUGUCGAAGACAGUUCCUGUACCCACUUUACUGUGGAAAGAAGCAACCGCAAAACUGGCAAAGAUCAGUACUUCUCAGACCUGCUCAGUUGUCCUGGAUAGUCCGACUCAUUCAGUGCGUCUUGUGGGAGAGAAGCGAGGCGUUGACGAGGUAGUAACAGACAUCAAACAGGUCAUCAAGGAGCUGCAGGCUAAGGCUUAUCGUGAUGCCCAACAGACGAAACAGGAGAUAGGCUUGACGGUUCACAAGGUCAAGCUCCUCGUGCAAUGUGGUGUUCGUCAAAGGAUGGAACAGAGGUUCCCAGACCUGAAAAUCACGGUUAAGUCAACGCAAGGAAAAGAGGCAAUUACUUUGGAAGGAAAGAACAAGAAUGUGAAGGAAGCAAAUUUACUGAUGCAAAAAUGGAUGAACGAACUGAGCAGUGUGGAAUUUAAGACAGGGAAGACCAAAACGGAGUUCGUUCGCAAUGUGAACGACAAAGUUCAUGAGAUUUGGAGAAAGCAGAGAAUCAGUGCUGCAUGCGACAUUUCUGAGGACAAGAAGAUUACAGUCUAUGGUGCCACCCGAGAAGAUACCCACCAGGCUAAAAAAUUCAUUGAAGAUAGGAUACAAGAUGAUACGAUUUCUAUCAACGGGCGAGCUGUGGCAGUUGCUCUAAAAUGUCAGAGUGGACUUCAGCUCAUUGAUGGCAUUAACCAGAAGAAAUUGGCUGUGGUUAAUGUCAAUUAUGAAUCAGGAUGUUUAGAGCUUGCUGGGUUCCGGAACGAGUUGAAAGAAACCAAGCAGUGCAUUCUAUCAUUCUUUAAGGACACUGUUAGAAUGAAGGACGCCAUUCGCACCAGCAGAAGUAAAGUUCGUCUGAUCGACUCAUUCCACAGGCAUGAAGUAACCAAUUUUACCGCAAAGCGCCGUAAAGAUGACGUCAUCAUCAGGCCACAAAUGAGUGGACCCAGCAAGGGGUUCCUCUUGGAGAGUAACGAGACAGGCCUUGAUGCUGCAAGAAAAUUUAUCACGCAGCUCCUGGCGAAGAUCAAGGAGAAACGCUAUCCCGUUUCCAAGAUCGGAAUGGCCCAGCUCUUCCGGGAAACGAAGGGAAAGAACUUUCUGAAAUCUGUGGAGAAGAAGCUCAAGUGUGUGAUCGAUAUAGUCGGCGAUGAAGAGGAUGACAUCGAGGAAGGCAGCAAUGCAAGUCAAUCUCCAGGAACCACCGAGGUACUGUGCAAGAUAACUCUUCCUGACGGCUGCACUUUGAGAGUGUGCAAAGGUGACUUGACGAAGCAGAUUGUAGACUGCAUCGUGAAUGCUGCAAAUGAAGAUCUUAAACACAUUGGGGGCUUAGCAGGUGCCAUCCUUCAGGCUGGUGGAAAAAUAAUUCAGACUGAGUCAAAUCAGAUACUGAAGCACAAGGGUCGUCGGUUGUCUGUUGGGGAACCCGUUUGCACUUCCAGUGGCAAGCUGCCCUGCAAGAAAGUCAUCCACGUGGCAGGACCGAGAUGGUCGCAGUGGCCGAAGAGAAACACGCCAGAACCACGCAACGAACCAACCAACGAAGAGAGUCUCCUCUUUCGUGGCGUCUUGGCUUGCCUUAAGUUGGCGGAUGAGCUGGGAUUCCAGUCCAUUGCCAUACCUGCAAUUAGCACUGGAGUGUUUGGCUUCCCCGUCCAUCUUGCUGCAGUGCAGAUUGUCGACGCAGUUGCAGAGUUUUGUCAAAAGAAGCCAAACACCAGUCUGACAGAGAUAAGUCUUACCAACCACGACCAGCCAACCUGUAAUGCGAUGAGAAGAGUCGUAAUGGAUAAGUGUGGGCAUCUUUUCAAAACAGAACCUACUCCUGAUAAUGUAACAGGUGCUCGAGAUGCGUCAACAUCCACUGAUGAAACAGCUGCGGGAACAAUGUUAUUUACUUCAACCGGACCAAACAUCCUGAAGACAAGGGAAGGCGUCACCGUUACAAUGAAAAAAGGAAGCAUCACAGAAGAACAGGCUGAUGUAAUCGUGAACUCAUCGGCCAAUAGUUUAAACCUGGAUGCUGGCUUGGUGUCACGGGCCAUAUUGGAAGCUGCUGGGCCAGAUCUGCAACGAGAAUGCAAUGAGGUAAUAGCAGCUCGUGGCAAUAUAUCAGCAGGUUCCUUCGUGGAAACUGGAUCAGCCGCUUUGUCCUAUUGCAAGAAAAUCUUUCACUGUGUCUUAGACGGAUACCACUCAAACACGUCAGGAAAGUCCUUAGCGACCCUCGUCCAAAGUUUACUGAAGCAAGCCGAAACCCUGAAAAUGGUUUCCAUGGCAAUACCAGCACUUGGCACAGGCAACCUAAACUACCCACCUGAUGUCACUGCUCGGGUCAUGUACGAAGCAGUCGUAACAUUCAGUAGCCAACAUCCAAAUGCUGUUCUGAAAGACAUCCGAUUCGUCGUGUACGACAAAGAUACGAAGACCAUUAAGGGUUUUGAGGAUGAAAUCGAACGCCUUACCUCAGGGGCAGUGAGAGGAGCAGCUGCACCUGCCUUCACUCAGAGGAGAUUGAAAAAAGCAGUCUCGACAUCAGCCCUUGAGAAGCGAAAUUCGCUCUCUCCGAUGAUCCGGGACUCGACCGGGGUAUUACACAGCAAGAUCGGGCCGGUAUGUCUGCAGGUCUGCCAAGGGGAUCUGGUAAAUGAAACAAGUCAGGCCAUCGUGAACAGCGUUGGACAAAAACUGGGUCUUCAAGGUCCUGUGUCUACCGCUCUCUUGGCUGCUGGAGGUGAUAAGAUCAGGGAGGAAUGUGAUGCUCACCGCGCUAAGGAUCCGACAAAAAAACUGCAUGUCACCAGUGCUGGUGAAUUACCCUGUGAUCUCAUUUUCCAUGUUGUUACUCCCACAACUCCUGCGGAAGUUAAGGAUGCCGUGGCCAAGACGCUACAUGAAGCAGAAGAAAGAAAAGUGAAAUCUAUCUCUUUCCCUGCGCUGGGAACAGGUUAUCAAUUAGGUCAGGCAGUUGCUUCUUUAGCCAGCGCCAUGUUGGCAGCCAUCGGAGAGUUUGCCUGUAGGGAGCCUAAGCCUCGUCACCUGCAACUCAUUCGCCUGGUCAUCUUCAAACCAGAAAUGUUCCCUCAGUGUGAAGAUGCUUUGAAACAGGGGGGUCGUUCUUACACAGAUAAGACGAGUCUUCUCUCCAAAGGCACAGACAUGACAAAGUCCCUCAUGCCAGGGGCAGCUACUGACGAAACAUCCACCGAUAAAGCCCCGGAUGAAACAAUUCUGCUGCAAAUCUUUGCCCUGGAUCAAGCCACCAUUCAGAAAGCAACGGACAAGAUAGAUAAGUUCCAGUCUGAGGAGUUCACAUCCGAGGAUGUACCAGAUAAGCUUGGAAUGAUUACGAAAAUGACCGAGGAAGAACAAGCCGAGCUCAAAAUCAUUGAAAGGAAGUACAAGGUGCACAUAGAACUGUUGAAACAACAAGCAAAGUGCAUCCGUGUGAAGGGACUUAAAAUCAACGUGAAAGACGCAAGAUAUGACAUCCAAGAGUUGUUCACGAGAAUGCAGGUGCAGGAAACUGAGAAGCAACGGAGCAAACACCUGACGAAAGAAGUGCAGUGGAAGUAUUACACUCCGACUGGUGUGGAAGACUAUGACGCCGAUAUUAACACCAUUAUAGAGGAUGCCUACCAAAAGAAACAGGCGUUAGUUACCAUCGAUCUGGUAGAUGGACAGAUUACCAUUGACUUCAGUAAGAUGCAAGAAUUGUCCAAGGACGGUGCACUGACUGUAUCACGUGUUGACCUGCUGCAAGCUGCCAAAUUUGAAACACCAAGCACUUGGAUACCCAUGAAAAAGAAGGAGCACUUCCGGUUGGUACCACUGGCAAUAGGGACCAAGGAGUACACCGAUGUGGAAACAGGUUUCCAGUUGUCCAUGGGAAGGCAAGCCGUCCAAAUCACUCAGAUUUUGAGAAUCCAGAACAGAGAACUCUUGAUGCAGUACCAGGCCCGUAGGACGGCGCUGGAGGCUCGUCUUGGCCGCACUAACAUUGAAGAGACACUGUACCAUGGUACCGAUGAGCAAACAUGUGAUAAAAUCAACAAGUUCGGAUUCAACCGCAGCUUCUGUGGUAAAAACGCAACUAUGUACGGCAACGGGACCUAUUUCGCGGUCGAAGCUAGCUACUCAGCCAGCUCGUCCUAUGCAAGACCCAACGCCAGCAACAUCAAGCACAUUUAUGCCACCAAAGUGCUGGUUGGCGAUUUCACAACAGGUUGUCAUGGUAUGCUAGUGCCCCCAAAUAAGCCUAACAACCCAGAUCAACUGUUCGACAGCGUUGUCAACAACACGAACAGUCCCCGAAUAUACGUCAUCUUUCACGAUGCCCAGGCUUACCCAGAACACCUCAUCAAAUUCAGAUAGAAUGGAUUAUUCUCAGACUCAAGUGAAAGUACACAGAAACACAAAGUUAAGUUCAUGACUCUUGCCACAGCUGGUUUCUUUACUGGUUCAAAAAUCUUGCCAGAUAACAGUCUGUAUUUGGGCAACCUGGCAAAAUGCAUUAACCUGGGGUACACUAGUUCCCCUGGACUCGCCAGUCCCAGCCAUGAUAUAAGGCACAAAAGACCUACCAUAUGCAUGCAUAUGUACAUCAGACCAUGAAACAGGUGGGAAAUUAAAACUGCAAACUAUGAAACAAAAUGCUGUGACAAAAGAACCGAACUUGCACUAUUUUCCCUUCCUGUGCAGGCCACUCACAUGUCAGAAGCCUUCUCAUUGGUUGAAGUUCUCCAUUCUAAAGCUGUCAUUGGUCAAAAUCCCUUUAAGCUGAUUGGCUAAAUGGGGGUGGGGAGUGGGAGUGGGGGGCUUCAAGCUAAAGUUGGGGGCGGGCUAACUGGAUGUUGGACAUAUAUAUGUACAUAAUCGUGAUCGGGAUAUGCAAGUUGGGUGAAUAAGAGGCUAUGAUUUUUCAUGGAGGGGCAUGCGACCCGCCCCCCCCCAUGCCGCUGGCUACAGAAACAUCGGAUGCAGUUUGCCCUCUUGUGUUUUCCAAAAUUCUAAAUUGACAUUCGUGAAGACAAACUUUAUGUUGAUUAAAUCACCAACAACCUGUAGUGAGUAGAUAUCCACACAAGACAAGGGAUAAUAAAUGUUACAUUUGGCAUAAAAAGAGUCUUUCCUCUCUGGUCAGCACGCUUUCAAGCACACACGCGGAUUUUUUUCUCUGCAAGAGCUGCAAUAGCGCCCUCAAUAGCCGCUCUGCCUCAAAAUUUUUGCUUCGCUCGUCACCCAGAACUCGAGCAGGGCACUGAGAAGGGCUGAUGACUUUGCUUCGAUUUUAGUGAAUGGAUCACGUCACACGGGGUGACAGCUAACGACGCGCAGAGCAUUGUUGGUAAAUUUCUGCGGGGUGCGCGAGCUCACUCAAUGCGUUAUACAAGCGGCGGUUUUCAAUUCGAUAUUCAAUUCGAAUUCGAAUUCUUUUUCUUCCUCAUUGCUGAAAAUGUGCUCACUGCACUUUUAUUAGUUCAUCUAUAAUUGAUCAAGAUAACCAAUGAUUUGAAAUACAUUGCCAGUAGACACGUGAUCAGUAAUACUUAGUGAGAAGAUAAAUUACCACACUGUGAUAUUACCAAGGCCCUGUUUUUAUCACAAUAUGAUAUAUUGCAGCCGCCACUUUGCCCAUGCUAAAGCCUUGCCAUGGGCGCACCAAAAAAUUUAAAUAACGCUUCGCUUACAGGAAGUGAUGACCUCAUUGUCCCAGGUCGUGCACAAUGUAGCCAAUCACAGUGCAAAGCCAUCAGCCCCGACGAGCGAACAUUUGUACAGGUAGCUCGAUCUUUUACAUCACAGUUACUGCGUGGCUAUUUUACUGCACAGGCCUCACUUAUACGUAGCGGUUGGUAGUCGAAUCGGGUGCACCCACAGUGUGACUGGUUCUGUACUGUACGGUGUGUUUUGUGCUUAAAUUUGAGAUGGACGACGAAAGGAUGGAUUCUAACAUCCAGUUUGCCAGCAAUAUGGAUUGGGUCUGACCUGUUUUGUUUAGAAAAGGGCCUAUUCUUUGAAAAGUGAUAUAAUAAUGUUCAUUUGUGUAAUUCCCGAAUGCUACUUUUUAUCCAAUAAUAUGCGAAAGUCUUUUAAUAGCCGAUCACUUCACUUGUAUUGUUUAAUAUGUUUAACAUAAUGUGCGCUGAGAGCUAUACUUAAUUUGAUCUGAAAUUCAUCAUGACAAUUUCAUCGUGAUGACUGAUAUGGAAAUGUAUUUGGAGUAGAAACUGUGAUGUCUCAUGGUCCUGUGGAUUCUGUUUUGAUUCGAGGAAGGAUCCGGAACAAAAUUUUCGGGGAGGGUGGAAAAUGGUUUGGGGGCCAACAAGUUAGCAAUUUUGUUUAGGAACCCUUUCCGUAAAGGGGAGUGAAAGUUGGGGCUACUUUACACCCAAACAAAAUUUAAAAGUCCUAAAAAUUGUUCUUUUCUAAUUGAAGGUCUAGUGCAAAAAACUGCCUUGGGCAAGGCCCUUGUAGUCCCCUCCCCGAGCCCAUUGAUGGGUUCGAUUACGUUCAAUUUUGUCUUCGAUUUGAUCAAUAUAUUUGUUUUUUGUUGUGAUGAAAUGCAUAACCUACAAAACGAUUGUAAGCAAAUGUAAACACAUAACAAUUUAUCUCGUUUGAGACAGAAGAAGGCAGGUUUUGCUAGAAGGAUUUUGUUUUUGAAGUGAUGGUAUAAUUAAUUUGUCACCGUUGCAAAACAUGUAGGAUUUAUAAGUCUAUUUGAAGAGUAAUUAUCUUGCUGGUUAGCGCAACUGAAAAAAAUGUAAAUGGUAAAAACAGUCUUCAACACCGCGACUCUCAUCACGGUAAAAAAAACUUUGAAACGACCUCAUUUCAAAUACUAGUCUUCAGAAACAGUUCGGGCUUAAUGGGUUUUCCUUUUCUCGUAAAAAUUCAGUAUUGCACGCUACUUGUAAUCUGUAGACAGGGGUUAUAUGUUUUGUUACUUCUUGCGGAUCAUUCCAUAAGCUUUGUACAUGAACAUAUAAAAAGAGGAUAAUUGGAAAUUAGUUUUUGCUUCCAAAUUCCUGCCGAAUACUGGUACAUUCCAACCCUUCCUGGUGUCUCAUAAUACUUCUUGGUGUCUCACAAUGCGUGUUAAUGUCAACGACUGAGCGCAUCCGCGGAGACAAGGGGGUAUAUACAUAUAUAUUUCUAUGGCAACGUAUUAUGAAUAAAAUAUAACAGAUGUAUUAUUUAAAAUACUUUAUAUUACUUUAUUUUGAAUACUAUAUAUCAUAACGCAUUCUUUGUACAAUUUUUUCCAUAUCGUCACCAUCACAAAGUAGCACUCAACUGCACUUGCGUGCUACUUCGUGAAAACCGUGUUUACGGCAAUGUCGGUUUCACAAAGCAGCACUUAAGUGUGCGCACGCACAUCGCACACUGAGGUAUAAUCGAACGAUUUUCGUUUUCUCGAAGUAGCACUCGUGUGUGUUUUGUCAAUAUAGCAUGGAUAAAAACGCUCUGAAAGGUCUAAAAUGAUUUGAUUCACCCGUAAAUAUGUUACUUAACUAGAAGAUACUCUUAAAACUCGUUUUAACUGCUUAAAUUAGGGAAACGGCCAAUUCCUGAAAACGACAAUUAACGGAGCACGUGCCGCACGGCACCAAGUGCUACUUCAUGAAAAUGAAAAUAACACAUUUCUGUAAAAUACGCGCUGAAGCAGCGCACAUCUAUGGAUGAGUAGGCCUGCUACUUCGUGGUGUUGAUGACGAUAUGCUUUCUUUUACGUGUUAUGAAUACGUCAAAUAGCCUACUUCUUUGUAUUCAUUAUUUACAACAAGUAACGAAAAAUUUUCUUUAGCUUAUAAUAAACAUAGCGCAAACGAUCGUUUGGUUUAUUAGAUUUGCAAAAUAAAUUUCUUUCUUUACAGUGGGCGUAAAAACCAAGUUGCCAAAAAUCAAUUUGCCAAAAAACCAAUUUGCUUUUUAGGUGUGCUUUUAAUUUGUAAUAAUUCUGGUAAAGUGGAAUGUCAGAACGAUAGAGGGAAAUAUCACAUUAUGUCCUUCCACACGUGCGGUUCUUUUUGUCUCUAUUUUAAAUUUCAUAGAGUAAAUGGUUUGAUAUUACAGAAAAUCGGUCCAGUCGGUCUUGUUUUAAUUAGGGUUAAAAGUGAACAAUAAUUGUUCUUGUGCACGUUUCAUCUAACUUUCAAUAGUGGGUACAUUUGCCAGAGUAGUGCAGGGAUCAGGUUGGCUCAUUAUAUCUUGUUGUUGGUCUUCUUUUCUUAAGGCACAAAAAAUCUGAGACUGCUCGAAAAUCUGUAUCUUUUUUGUUCCGGGUAAUACAAUGUACUCAAUGCAUUGAUUCCAACAUUAUGCUGUAUGUUCAUUCAUUUUUGGCUAAAGACCUUCUCUUAACUAGUGUUUUAAAUUUAUUAUCAAUUAAAAUCUUACAUAUUUUCUGUGCA